AUGGAGACGUUUAGUGGAUUCACUGUGCUGUUCUUCCUAAUGGCGAAGUCAUCAGCGUGUCCUACGACGCUACCUCCGUGUACAUGCGAUUUGGAUGGAAUGGAUUUUGAUAGUAUAUACGAAAUGAGUUUAGAAGGAUAUGAAGAUGAUGGUUUAAUGGGGUGGAAAAUAGACAAAAUAAACUAUGACGAAGACAACAAGGAUUUAAUGGAUUCAAAGGGUAUAUUUGAAAAAUAUUUUCAAGGCGAUUUGGAUGGAUUGGAUAUUAAUAUUAUGUACGAAAUGAGUUUAGAAGGAUGUGAAGAUGGUGGUUCAAUAGGGUGGAAAAAAGACAAAAUAAACAAUAAUGAAGGAUAUCAAGAUGGUGGUGUAAUAGGUUUAGAAAAAGUCAAAAUGAACAAUGAUAAAGGAUAUGAGGAUGUUGGUUCAAUGGGGUGGAAAAAAGACAAAAUGAACAAUGAUGAAGGAUAUGAAGAUGGUGGUUCAAUGGUGUGGAAAAUUGACCAAAUGAACAAUGAUGGAGGAUAUCAAGAUGGUGGUGUAAGAGGUUGGGAAAAAGUCAAAAUGAACAAUGAUGAAGGAUAUGAAGAUGGUGGUUCAAUGGUGUGGAAAAUUGACCAAAUGAACAAUGAUGGAGGAUAUCAAGAUGGCGGUGCAAUAUGUUCGGGAAAUGUCAAAAUGAACAAUGAUGAAGGAUAUGAAGAUGGUGGUUCAAAGGGGUGGAAAAAAUACAAAAUGAACAGUGAUGAAGGAUAUGAAGAUGGUGGUUCAAAGGGGUGGAAAAAAGACAAAAUGAACAGUGAUGAAGGAUAUGAAGAUGGUGGUUCAAUGGGGUGGAAAAAUGACCAAAUGAACAAUGAUGGAGGAUAUGAAGAUGGUGGUUCAAAGGGGUGGAAAAAAGACAAAAUGAACAGUGAUGAAGGAUAUGAAGAUGGUGGUUCAAAGGGAUGGAAAAAAGACAAAAUGAACAGUGAUGAAGGAUAUGAAGAUGGUGGUUCAAAGGGGUGGAAAAAAGACAAAAUGAACAGUGAUGAAGGAUAUGAAGAUGGUGGUUCAAAGGGGUGGAAAAAAGACAAAAUGAACAGUGAUGAAGGAUAUGAAGAUGGUGGUUCAAAGGGGUGGAAAAAAGACAAAAUGAACAGUGAUGAAGGAUAUGAAGAUGGUGGUUCAAAGGGGUGGAAAAAAGACAAAAUGAACAGUGAUGAAGGAUAUGAAGAUGGUGGUUCAAUGGGGUGGAAAAAUGACCAAAUGAACAAUGAUGGAGGAUAUCAAGAUGGCGGUGUAAGAGGUUGGGAAAAAGUCAAAAUGAACAAAGAUGAAGGAUAUAAAGAUGGUGGUUCAAUGGGAGGAUGUGAGGAUGUUGAUUCAAUAGGGUGGAAAAAAGACAAAAUGAACAAUGAUGAAGAUACAUAA